ACACCCCUCCACAGAUCCACCUGAGCUGAACUUGGCCUAGGGGAGGAUGCAGUCUAGUUCUAAUUUUCGCGGAGAUGUGUCCUUGGGAUACAAAUUACUCACUUGUCUGUAAACGUUGAAAACGCCCUCGCCAUGUUGGUAACCGCCGACUCCAGGAACAAGCUCGAAGACCUCUCCGGGAUAGUUCUGCAGCCCGGCGAGAACCCUUAUAAUGCUUUGAUCAAAGCAUGCAACGGCAGGGAGGCCGAGAUACAGAGCCUAUACUCGACGCACCGCACCGCCAGGAACGAACAGCAGAAACAAAAAUUCCUGGUCGGCUUCAAUGAAGUCAUAACAGACCCGAUUCUCAUGCGACUUGAAGAUCCGACGCUAGAGCCCGGGUUCCAAGAUCCCCGAAAUUGCCUCGUACUCUGGGCCAGGCCGCCGGGCCACGUUCUGGAGCUCGCCAGCCACCUACAACACAUGUUGAAGCAAGCCGCGCCGAAUCUGUGGCUUAUGCCCACGCAUAGGAUGCACAUGACCGCCAUGGAAAUAACUCACUCGCGCACGCCGGAGGAGAUAUCAGCACUAGUGGCAACUAUUCGCCUGACGACGGCCAAGCUUGCCAACUACUCAUACACACAUCGCUCAAGGGUGGUGAAACCCAUGAUUGUCUAUGACCUUGCCGGAGUGGCCUUGUCAUUCGUGCCGGCUGCUGGCGAGCCGCUGGUGUCGUCCGACCGGGCGGUCUACCCCUUCGGGGGAGACGGCAAGCUUGAUGACGGCUACUCAUACCACCACCUACGACGGGACGUUUGGGAUAUGGUCCGCACCGACGCCGGCGUCGAGGUCGGGUCGCGGUACGUCGUCCCGUCGGCUCACAUCACGCUUGGCCGCUACUUGACGCAGGAGGACCACGCCACCCCGGACGCCCGCGAGCGAUGGGUGCAAAAUAUCGACGAGAUCAACGCGUGGCUGGCGGCCGAGGUUUGGACAAACCAAGACGAGCGCACCGGUUUCGUGGGCGAGUGGCUCGUAGGGCAGGAGCGCGGUCUAGAUCUCCGGGCUGGAAGACUCUGGUACGGCGCGGGAAGGACUAUCAUGACUGGCGAAGGUUUCUGAGAAGGAGGAUAAUUGUUGAGAGAUAGAGAGGUAUGGGUCGAGAUACCGUAGAUUGAACCUGGGAGUCGAAAUUCGGCUACUGUCGUCCUGGUCCCACCUAUCGUCACCACCACGUAUACCGUAGGGGUCCGGCCCAGCGUGCCGCUGAUCCCAACCUAACAAUGCAAGCGUUCCUGGGUACCCAGUCAAGCUAGUAGGCUAGGUAGUCGAUAUUUUGCUGGGGUUUAAAACAACUGGGCCAGAGUUCGUGCCAAUGUGGCUUUCCUACCUGCCUUUCUCGUUUUCUGGGUUGACUUGGGCUUGGUGGGUUGGUAAACAACACCACGUUGUGGCAUCACCUAAUAGGCUACUGCACUGUGGGC